GUACCAGCCUCCACAAGCCUGCUGAUUUCAAGCACCUCCGUCUACAGUUGGUACAGAUGGCAUUGUCCCAGAUGGCCACAGAGCUUCUCCUGGCCUCUGCCGUCUUCUGCCUGGUGCUCUGGGUGGUCAGGGCCUGGCAGCCUCGGGUUCCCAAAGGCCUGAAGAGUCCCCCGGGGCCCUGGGGCUGGCCCCUGCUGGGGAACGUGCUGACCUUGGGGAAGAACCCACAUCUGGCGCUGUCCAGGCUGAGCCAGCGUUAUGGGGACAUGCUGCAAAUCCACAUUGGCUCCACACCCGUGCUGGUGCUCAGCGGCCUGGACACUGUCCGGCAGGCCCUAGUGAGGCAGGGUGAGGAUUUCAAGGGCCGGCCCGACCUCUACAGCUUCACUCUGAUUACUAAUGGCCAAAGCAUGUCCUUCAGCCCAGGCUCUGGACCAGUGUGGGCUGCCCGCAGGCGCCUGGCCCAGAACGCCCUGAAGAGUUUCUCCAUUGCCUCCGACCCGGGUUCCUUGUCUUCCUGCUACCUGGAAGAGCAUGUGAGCAAGGAGGCCGAGGCCCUCCUCAGCAGGUUGCAGGAACAGAUGGCAGAAGUUGGGCACUUUGACCCCUACAACCAAGUGCUGCUCUCAGUGGCUAAUGUCAUUGGUGCCAUGUGCUUUGGGCAGCACUUCCCUCAGAGCAAUGAGGAAAUGCUCAGCCUCAUAAAGAGCAGCAAUGAUUUUGUGGAGACUGCCUCCUCCGGGAACCCUGUGGACUUCUUCCCCAUCCUGCAGUAUAUGCCCAACCCCGCCUUGCAGAGAUUCAAGGCCUUUAACCAGAAGUUAGUGCAGUUCCUGCAGAAAAUUGUGCAGGAGCACUACCAGGACUUUGACGAGAGCAGCAUCCAGGACAUCACAGGUGCCCUCUUGAAGCACAAUGAGAAGGGCUCCAGAGCUGGUGGUGGCCACAUUCCCCAUGAGAAGAUCGUCAGCCUUAUCAAUGAUAUUUUUGGGGCAGGAUUUGAUCCCGUCACAACGGCCAUCUCCUGGAGCCUCAUAUACCUUGUGACAAACCCUGAGAUACAGAGAAAGAUCCAGGAGGAGUUGGACACAGUGACUGGCAGGGCCCGGCAGCCCCGGCUCUCCGACAGACCCCAGCUGCCCUACAUGGAGGCCUUCAUCCUGGAGAUCUUCCGACACACCUCCUUCGUCCCCUUCACCAUCCCGCACAGCACGACAAGGGACACGACACUGAAAGGCUUCUACAUCCCCAAGGAACGCUGUGUCUUCAUAAACCAGUGGCAUGUCAAUCAUGACCAAAAGGUGUGGGGGGAUCCAUUUGAGUUCCAACCAGAGCGAUUCCUCACUGCUGAUGGCACCUCAAUCAACAAGAUCUUGAGUGAGAAGGUGAUGAUCUUUGGCAUGGGCAAGCGCCGGUGCAUAGGGGAGCUCCUGGCCAAGUGGGAGAUCUUCCUCUUCCUAGCCAUCUUGCUGCAGCGGCUGGAGUUCAGUGUGCCAGACGGUGUGAAAGUAGAUCUAACCCCCAUCUAUGGGCUGACCAUGAAACACACCCGCUGUGAGCAUGUCCAGGCACGGCCACGUUUCUCCACCAAGUGAAGGCACCGGCAUGCCAAAGCAGAGGGAGGGGUAAGGAUCACCCAUGGGGCCUCAGCUCUUGUUUUUAUCCUUUUUCUUAAAUAAAAGCUUUAU